AUGAUACUCGUACGAGUCAUAGAGAAGAUGACCAAUUUGUUGCAGCCAAUAGCGGAAGACAAGCAUUUUCAGCAAAUACGGUAACAUUCACAACAUAAAACUAAAACGAAAUAGUGGAAAAUAUUGCCAUGUCCUCCUGUAAAGCAAAAUUCGCCUAGCUUACUCAUUCCUUAAUCAGCGAGGCAUUGCGAUAUCUAAUAAUGAAAAUUUAUUGUCAAAGGAAAUUAAUUUAAUGCUUUGUUUUGUUUUUUUUUUUGUUUCUUAACUCCUAGACUUGGCAUCAAAGCAUGCGUAGUAAUAAUUCCCCAGCUGGGUGUCACGUGGCUAUUUGGUCUCUUUUCGCCUAAACACAAAGCUUUUGCUUACCUCUUAACCAUACUCAACGCUACUCAGGUCAGUGUUCGAUAG